CAAUCAGACAAUUUCGAAAUCAAGGGGAGGGACAAAAAUAAAAUAGAAAAAAAGAAAACGGAGGGGAGAGAGAGAGGAAGAGGAGAGACCGGAUCUAAAAGGCGGUUAAGUUAAGCCAUUGUUCUCUCAAUUCUCUCCUACAAUCUGUUGGGUCAUCAAUCUAUCAAUCAAAUCAAAAAACAAAAGAGAAGAGAGAGAAGAGAGAAAGGAAACAAUAUCAAAGGAAGGAAGCAUGAUGUCGUCGUCCUCCUCCUCAUCAUCAUCUUCCUUGUCACCGGACCACCUCUCCCCCACCGAUCAGCUCCGUUAUGUCCAUUGCAACUUUUGUGACACUGUCCUUGCUGUGAGCGUUCCGUGCAGUAGCCUGUUCAAGACCGUGACAGUGCGAUGCGGGCACUGUGCCAAUCUCCUCUCGGUCAACAUGCGUGGCCUGCUGCUCCCGUCCCCAGCCGCCACCGCUGCCACUCAACUUCAGCAGCUUGGCCAUACUUUCUUCGCUCCUCAUAAUCUUUUGGAGGAGAUACGAAAUGUGCCGCCAACAGUGCUGAUGAAUCAUCACUUCCCGAACCCGGCCGAGUCUGUACUGCAGCUUCAUGGAGGGAGUGAACCGAUCCCUCGGCCUGCCCUAGUGAACCGGCCACCCGAGAAGAGGCAGAGAGUCCCAUCAGCCUACAACCGCUUCAUCAAGGAAGAAAUCCAACGCAUCAAAGCUCAAAAUCCCGAUAUUAGCCACCGGGAAGCAUUUAGUGCCGCUGCAAAGAAUUGGGCCCACUUCCCUCAUAUCCAUUUCGGACUUAUGCCUGAGCAGUCCGUGAAGAAACCUACCAUGUGCCAGCAGCUGCAGGAAGGAGAGGACAUGCUGAGAAAAGACGGGCUUUUCGCUCCUGCGAAUUUGGGUGUCUCCCCCUACUAAUGAGCUGGAUAUUAUAAUUAGUUCGUUUUGAACGGUUUCAUUAGUCUUCCCUCUAUCCUCUCCCUCUCUCUAUCCUGAUCUACAUGUAUUUGCAUCUUAGUUAUUCUGGCAGAAAAAUGUGAAUUACGACUUGAGCUCAUUCCUUUAAAAUGAUAUUGGCGGAAUGAAUCAUCUCGGGCUUAUGUUUUGUAUGGUGCGGUGAUGGAAUAGUGGUCUGAAGUAUAUGGAAAAUUCUACUAUAGUUAUAUGCA